AUGAGCAUCGAUGUUAACACCACAUCGGGUGUAGUGAGGGGUCAGACCCUACCGGUGCUCAACCGGAAAAUACACGAGUUUUUAGGCAUACCGUUUGCUGAGCCGCCAGUGGGCGCACUUCGGUUCGCCCGACCGGUGCCCAUAAGUACACCACAAAAAGCCACAAUCGACGCGACGGUACCGAAGAACUCAUGCAUACAAAUACCUCCCGAAGACGCCCACGAGUUGUGGGGAAAUGUGACCACAAGUGAAGACUGUUUGGUAUUAAACAUAUGGACACCACAGGCGGGAAACACCGGUACAACCAAACCGAAAGCGCCGGCACUAAAACCGGUGAUGUUUUGGAUAUACGGCGGCGGACUCACUACUGGAUCCAUAUUUUUUCACGACUUUAACGGCAGUGUUUUGGCCGCCAAUGAUGUCGUACUCGUGGCCCCGAACUAUAGGUUAGGACCGUUUGGUUUCCUAUACGGGGAUCGGGAG